AUGGCUGCCGUGUUCUCGUCUGACAUCAUCUUCGAAAUUUUAACCAGGGUUUUCCUACAGACACUGGGGAGGUGCAGGGUGGUCUGCAAGCAAUGGAACGCCCUGACGUACGAAUCAAGUUUCAUGCACGACCACCGCGAGAGGACGAAGGCGGUGCCGGGCUACUUCAUACAGGAGCUCAGCAACAACCUGUUCUCAUCGGUGUUUGUGUCCGUUGACGGGCUACAUAAGUUCUCCGGCGGUUGCUCCGCCCCAUCACUCGAUUUCUUGCCUGCCAAGCACGUGCAGAUUGUUGCGUCGUCGUACCAAGGGCUGCUUUGUUGCGUGAACCAGCAGUCGCCGGCGCACAUAAUACCCAAAUACUACGUCUGCAAGCCCUGCACCAGGCAAUGGCGGGCCAUCCCGAACCCGAAAACCCGAUACUUCACGGAUCAAAUCGCCAUGAUAGUAUUGCGAUCCCAUCCUCUCCACUUCAAGAUUGUUCGUUUAAAUUCUACUAUAAUCUCCGGUGUGAGGUAUUUGAUUCGGAAAACUGGGCUUGGAAGCAAUUAG